CUACUCCAGCGAACUCUUCUCCUCCAUUUCUAUCUCCGCCUCCGCCUCAGCCUCAGCCUCAUAGGAUAGGAGUACUCUACAUGCUGCCUAUGAUCAAUAUUGCCCUCAUGUCCUCCUCCUCUUGCCAUCCCCACAACCCCACCACCCUGCCGCUGCCGGAGCCGGACAGCAGCAAGUCGCCGGAGCCCACCUCCGUGCUCUACAACCGCAGCAGCCCGAGCACCUCCCUCGGCUCCUGCUCCUCCAAACCACCGGAGGACCCUCCUCCCCCCAUCGCCGCCGACGACGACUGCGACUGGGACGCCGUCGUCGACAUGCACAUGCACAUGCUCGCCCCCGCCCCCGCCCCCGACUCCUCCUUCCUCCGCUGGAUCAUGGAUACCGGCUAUGCCGACGCCGACACCUUUCCCGACCACCCCUCCUUCGACUCCGACCUGCUCCAACUCCCCAUGCCCAUGCCCUCUGACCAUCCUCCUCAGCCGCUCGUCGACGACCUCCUCGACGCCGCACGCCUCCUCGACGCCGGGGACUCCACUUCCGCUAGGGAGAUAUUGGCGCGGCUCAAUCAUCGCCUCCCCUCUCUUCCGUCGCCUCCGGGCCAUGCCCACCCUCCGCUCCUCCGCGCCGCCGCCCUCCUCCGGGACGCGCUCCUCCCGCCCACCGCCCUCCCCGUCUCCUCUACUCCCCUCGACGUCCCGCUCAAGCUCGCCGCGCACAAGGCCCUGGCGGACGCCUCCCCGACCGUGCAGUUCACCACCUUCACAUCCACGCAGGCCUUCCUCGACGCGCUCGGCUCCGCGCGCCGCCUCCACCUCCUCGACUUCGACGUCGGCUUCGGUGCCCAUUGGCCGCCUCUCAUGCAGGAGCUCGCGCACCACUGGCGCCGCGCUGCUGGGCCGCCGCCGAACCUCAAGGUGACCGCAUUGGUGUCGCCGGGGUCCAGCCACCCACUCGAGCUCCACCUCACCAACGAGAGCCUCACGCGCUUCGCCGCCGAGCUCGGCAUCCCGUUCGAGUUCACCGCCCUCGUGUUCGACCCCCUCAGCAGCGCGUCCCCGCCCUUGGGACUCUCGGCCGCGCCCGACGAAGCGGUGGCCGUCCAUCUCACGGCCGGCUCCGGGGCCUUCUCGCCGGCGCCCGCGCACCUCCGUGUCGUGAAGGAGCUCCGCCCCGCCGUUGUGGUGUGCGUCGACCACGGGUGCGAGCGCGGCGCCCUCAACCUCCUGCAGUCUUGCGCGGCGCUGCUGGAGUCUCUGGACGCGGCGGGCGCGUCGCCGGACGUGGUGUCCAAGGUGGAGCAGUUCGUCCUGCGGCCACGGGUGGAGCGCCUCGCGGUCGGCGGCGGCGACAAGCUGCCUCCGCCGUUGCAGUCCAUGUUGGCGUCCGCGGGGUUUGCGGCGCUGCAGGUGAGCAAUGCGGCGGAGGCGCAGGCGGAAUGCCUGCUGAGGCGCACGGCCAGCCAUGGGUUCCAUGUGGAGAAGCGGCAGGCGGCGCUGGCGCUGUGGUGGCAGCGGUCGGAGCUCGUCUCGGUGUCAGCGUGGCGAUGCUAGCUGCCUCUGCCUGGUACACUUGUACUACAAAUGUUUGGUGUUCAUUGAUCUUGAAUAUUUUCAGCUUUGGGUAAAUUGAUCAAACCAAAGCUGCUUGUGAUAUGUUAGCACUAGUAGUAGUAAUUGGGUAAUUAUUUCUUGCCUGGGAGAAUUCAUGCUCCAUGGCAUGCUUGUACAAUUUGUAUGGCAAUGACAAAAUUGGGAGUGCUCAAGAGUGCAAGCCCCCAACCUUGUGAUUCAACUGUUCAUAACCGCACGUCUUUCUUUUGUGCACAUCUCUGAUCUAAUAUACAGAGUAGUUCUCUUUUAUUUUUGGCUCUUUCUUUCCUCUCUAGUCACUCCAUCAAGGUUCUUCCUGUGGAAACACAUUUCUGGGGAAAACACAAGGAAAAUGUCACUGGAUAAUUGUAUUGCUAUUGCA